AUGCUUUUAAAUAUACUUCGAUUAUUAACGGUCUACCACAUCAAGGCCUCAAAGAAGGGUCUCCCUCCUGCAGUGGUUAAUGGCAGAUCAGUGUGGGAUGGUGGUGCUGUCACAACCAGGAGGUUCAACCAGUCUCAGACAACCCUGCUGGACCAGUGGCUCAGCCCAAGCAGUGCGACGAAGGGAGAAACGAAAGAAAGGAUGAAAGAGCAGCGCUCAGAAAAAGAAGAUGAUGCAGGAAUCAACACAGACAAAGAACAGCCGGUGGCCGUCCUGCGUGAAGAAACAGAGGCUAUAAAGACAAGUGAGAGCCAACAAGACAAAAUGGAAGUUCCCAAGCAAGACGAGAUCCAUGUGGUGUUGUGUAGGAAGCAAAACACAGAGGAUUCCACUAUUAUUCCAGCUGAGGAUAUCAGCCCAGAACAAAAUCUUGGAGAAAAGUUAAAGUGCCUGCUAACAGAUGACGGCACAGAGGAAAGGCCCUGUCCAGUGCAGGAACAAAUCCAGAUACACACCAUGGAUGAGUCAGUUAUCCCAUCUGCAGAUAUCAUACAAGAAACCACCUGUCCAGCACAGAGUUUUCCAAGCUUGGAAGAAUCUACUGUCAAUCAAAUGACAGAGUGCUGGGAUGAAUACUAUGUAGCUCCCACUGCUGAAGAAAUGCAUGAUGGGACAAGCAGUUCUAAUCUGGUAUUUGCCUCUCUGCUGUCUAACACUCAAACCCACCUUAAAUUCAGCGAGCGUCAGGAUGAACAAACUGGCUGGCACAUCCCUACAGGACCCGGCUUGGCAGAAGUUGUUCAGUGUCCACUGUGGCAAUUUCCUGCUGGGAGCUAUUACCCUCCAAUGGAGACAACAGUGCCAUUUGAAGUAAUGUGGAGAGUAUGGCAGGAGAUGGAUGAGAAUGUGCCGGCAGCAGAGCCCACCCUGAUCCCCUUCCCAUCCACAAAGACCUCGAUGGACUUCACUGUCAUGUCCUACAACAUCCUUGCUCAGGAUCUACUGGAGGCCAACCAGGAUCUGUACAUACACUGUCCUCUAGAGGUGCUGGACUGGAGCUACCGCUGCAGCCUAGUCCUCGAGGAAAUAAUGAAAUGGGCACCAGAUAUACUGUGUCUGCAAGAAGUUCAGGAAAACCACUACCACGAACAGCUGUAUCCAGUCCUGUGUGAGAUGGGCUACACUUGUGUGUACAAGCGGCGUACAGGAACCAAGACAGACGGCUGUGCUACUUGCUAUCGAAGCAGUUGCUUCUCUGAGGUAUCGGUCACCUCUCUGGAGUUCUUCAGGCCGGACACGGAGCUGCUUAACCGGCACAAUGUGGGCAUUGUUUUGUUGCUUCAGCCAUUGGUAACCCAGGGGUCUGAGACCAAGGCGAAGGGCCCGCUCCUCUGCGUGGCCAACACCCACCUGCUCUUCAACCCGAGGAGAGGUGACGUGAAGCUGGCUCAGUUGGCCAUGAUGCUGGCAGAGAUCGACAGUGUGGUGAAGUCCUGUAAGGCCAAAGGUCAACAGUGUAACGUUGUAUUGUGUGGAGACUUAAACUCAGUGCCACACAUGCCUCUUUACCAGCUCAUCACCACCGGAGAGCUCUACUACCAGGGUCUACCCACAUGGACGAUUUCAGGUCAAGAGGACCCGUCCUACAAAACCCAUUGUUACAGAUUGUUCGCUCCCCUUUGGCCCAGCUGUCUGGGAAUCAACGACAACUGUCAGUACACAGCUGUCAACGACAUGUUAGAGUGCAGGAGUCAGGAAUCAGGGAAAUGUCAUUACAGCCACGACUUCAUGCUACAGCUGCGCUACUGUCCAGCGGCAUGUGUCCGUCCUGUGGACCUGAAGCUGAUCCCAGGCGUGACCGACAACACACCAGAUGCUUCAAGGGGAAAUCAGACGUAUGAUAAAAGUUUCAGACACACCAUCACACAUCGGUUAGACCUGGAGUCGGUCUACAAACACAUUCUCCCAGGCUCUGGCUCCUCAGAAGUCACAACCCUGCACUCUGAGUUUGGAGCCACUGUCGACUACAUCUUCUUCUCCCCAAGACGCAUCUCGUCCUCUGACCAGAGAGCUGCAGAGGUCUCUGUGAGCUCAGGCCUGAAGUUGCUAAGCUGUCUCUCUCUCCUAUCAGAGGACGUCUUGUGGUCAUUGAAUGGCCUCCCCAAUCACAUGUUCCCCUCUGACCAUCUCAGCCUUUUGGCUAAAUUUCAGCUGGACCUGAAUGCUGCAUGAUGGGAAAAGACUGUGGGUGAACUCAGCGGGACAGAGGUCAGAGGAUAAGCAUAUUUUGGAUUUAGGUCUUGCUCUGAACACAUUUGUUUUUUGUUUUUUGGUGUAAACCAUUAUGUGUGGUUCAGACAGGAUCAGUUGAUAUUUGUGUUAAAAGAGUUCCUGUAACAAUAAUGACGAUAUUCAGUCGGUUUUCAUCAGAUGGUGAGACAUGAGUGAGAUAUGACAAGUCAUUAGUGCUGAUGCAGUAGUUAAUUUACAAAAAAAUGAAGACAGUGAUUACUUGUGAUAAAACACGAACCUCUUUGUUUUGCUGAUAACUGUUUUGACAACAUUUUAAUUUAUUUGAAACAUUAUUUUGAAAUGAGAAUUAGUUUUCUCUGAUUAUAAGUUCAUUCAUUUUUGCAGAAGGUAAAAAAAACGGAAUAAAUAUUUUCCAUUAAUUAGUGACCCUGUGAGUUUUGAUCAUGGGUGGCUGAGGCUCAAAAGGCUGAGUGGGUCGUCCACUAACCAGAUGGUUGGAAAACCUUGAUCUCGUCUGCUAUUUUAUGAUGACGAAUUAGCCUCUGGGGGCAACGGCCGUUAUUUUGGGGUUGACAGCUGUGCAGGCAGUGUCUGAUGGACAAAGCACUGUGAAUAGUAGCACUGUGUGAAUGUGUGCAUGAAUGGGUGUAUGUGGCUUGUACUGUUAAGUGCUUCGAGUGGUCGAUACAUACACAUACCAUUAACCAUUUUCUAUCUUUACCAUAUUACAGACAUUACAUAGGCGCCUCCAGGCCUGAAAUAAGAAUGUAUUGUUCCUCACUGCAGGAUAAUAAUUCAUCAGCUAGUAUUAAAUCUUUCACUUAGUGUUGAUCUCCUUGGAUUGUGACCUAAAUGUUGGCUCCACCCCUUCCAUCACGCUGAAGCACUCAUUUUGUCAGGGCAAAGAUCUGUGUGUGUGUGUGUGUGUGUGUGUGUGUUGUACAGAACAUGGGAAGGCAGCAGGGGUGUCAGUACUUAUUAAAAAUACUCCUGGUCUCAAUGGUCUCUCUCCAAGUAGAGUGAAAUACAAUUGACUAAUAUUAUAUCCGCAUUUAUGAAUUCCUGUCAUUAAAUACUAAAAACAAAUGUAACGGCUUAUUGAAUUAAAACAGGUGGUAUGCUAAACAAUAAAAAUGUCAGGUUUUUAAUAAAAAAACAUGGGAAUGCAUCAUGCCAAUCGGUGUCCUCACUAAGAUAGAUGUACACAUG